AUGUCACAACGCACGCCAUCAACACGCAAGAGCGUGGGUCAAGAACCUGUUACGUCCGUAUUGCCUGAAGGCGACAUACCCUUUGAUCCCAAACACUCCUGGAAUCAAGAUGAAGAGACACUGGCCGCGUUGGGCUACAAGCCAGAAUUCAAACGUGAAUUCAACCUUUGGACGACNUUUUGCGUCAGUUUCGCUGUGUUGGGUCUGUUGCCUAGUUUUGCCAGUACGCUGUACUAUGGUAUGGGAUAUGCUGGUACUGCUGGUAUGACAUGGGGUUGGCUGGUCGCUAUGAUAGGUAUCCAGUCCGUCGCAGCCUCAAUGGCAGAACUCUGUUCUUCGAUGCCAACAUCCGGCGGUUUGUACUAUGCCAGUGCCGUUCUGGCUCCACCCGGCUGGGGCCCUCUGGCCGCAUGGAUAACAGGCUGGUCCAACUGGAUGGGCCAAGUCACCGGCGCCCCCUCGGUCAACUACGGCACUGCUGCCAUGACCCUCGCCGCAGCCUCCAUCGUCAAUCCCUCUUUCGUACCCCAAAACUACCAGGUUUACCUCUUGACGGUGCUGUUGAUGAUCAUUCAUGCUUGUAUGGCUAGUCUGCCAACCAAGACCAUCGCGAGAGUCAAUAGCUUUGGCUCUUCGUUCAAUAUCGUGGCGCUGGUUGUUGUACUGAUUCUUAUUCCAGCGGGUACUAACAGAGAGGAGAAGGACUUGCCGCGUUUUACUUCGAGUAAGGAGGUUUGGGGUGACAUCUACGCGGGCACGGAUUUCCCUUCUGGCGUUAGCAUCUUGAUGAGUUUCAUUGGUGUCAUCUGGACGAUGAGUGGUUACGACUCACCCUUCCACCUAGCAGAGGAAUGCAGCAAUGCCGCUAUUGCCUCUCCGCGUGCCAUCUUCUUGACCUCAGCUGUGGGCGGUACCUUUGGCUGGUUCCUCCAACUCGUCGUCGCAUACACCGUCAUCUCCAUCCCUGACGCAUUAUCAUCCGACCUCGGUCAACCCUUCGCCGCCUACCUCGUCCAAGUCCUGCCUCAGAGAUGCGUCCUUGCUGUUUUGUCUUUGACCAUCAUUGCUGGCUUCUUCAUGGGCCAGGGCUGCAUGAUUGCCGCGUCGAGAGUCACGUUUGCUUAUGCCAGAGAUGAUUGUUUCCCCUUCAGCAAUAUCUGGAAACGCGUCAACAAGCACACGCAAACACCCGUCAAUGCCGUCUGGCUUAACACCGGAGUCGCUUGCGUUAUGCUCCUACUCAUCUUCGGCGGGCCCCUCGCUGCAGGAGCCAUGUUUUCCAUCGGUGCCAUUGCUGCCUUUGUCGCUUUUACAACACCCAUUUUCAUACGUGUCUUNUUCGUUGGAAACCGCUUUCGACCCGGUCCUUGGAAUCUGGGAAGGGCAUCUAUUCCUGUGGGUGUUGUUGCGUCUGCGUUUGUCAUUCUUAUGGUGCCCAUUUUGUGUUUUCCUGCUGUGGUGGGAAAGAAUUUGACGCCGGAGACUAUGAAUUGGACGUGUGUGGUUUAUGGAGGGCCGAUGGUGAUGAUACUCGUUUGGUGGGUUGUUAGUGCGAGGAAGUGGUUUAAAGGCCCGAAGGUUAAUGUGCAGCAUUUGAUGUUGGGAAGGGAGGUGGAUGGCGCUGAUGUGCUUAUUGGAGAAGAUAUUGCUACUGGAGAUGGAGAGGAUAGGGGAGUUGCUGUUGAGGGCAAAGCUGCGGAAGCUGGUAAGAGUGCAGAGUAG